ACUAUUCCAUCGUCUGCAUCACUAAUGUUUACCUCUUAACCUUUUUGUUUACAAGUCAUAUAAACAAGAUUAGAAUUGUUUACAGUGCAGGCUAUUUAAAAGUCAUUUUACCGAUUGAAUUUUAGUUUUUCUAGUUGGUUGAUCAAAUCAGGUGAAUUAUGUAGUGAAGGGUUUUAAAGCUAUUUAGCACAAGAAGAUUUCUUUUUCUACAAGUUACUCCAUUACAUACAAUGGCUCAAGAUGCAAGUGUCAAAGUAGAAUCGAUUGAGGCACUUACAAAAGAAGCAAAUGAACUAAAAACAAAACUAGAAGAUGAACGUCAAAAAUUAAAUGAUGUUACAUUGAGCACAGUUGCAGAAAGACUAGAUGUUAUUAACUACUUGAAUAUAAAACCUCGGAGGGUACUCAAAGGGCAUCAAGCCAAAGUGUUAUGUUCCGAUUGGUCGCCUGAUAAGCGACAUAUUGUAUCUUCCUCUCAAGAUGGUAAGAUGAUUAUUUGGGACGCAUUCACAACUAACAAAGAGCAUGCGGUGACUAUGCCAACGACAUGGGUGAUGGCGUGCGCCUACGCACCUACGGGGGGAAUGGUGGCUUGUGGGGGUCUUGAUAACAAAGUCACCGUUUACUCGCUGGCUUUAGAUGAAGAUGUGGCAGCCAAGAAGAAAACAGUUGGAACUCACACAAGCUACAUGUCUUGCUGUACCUUUCCCAACUCUGACCAACAGAUCCUCACUGGUAGCGGAGACUCUACCUGUGCUUUGUGGGACGUAGAGUCUGGGCAGCUGUUGCAGACUUUCCACGGACACGCUAGUGAUGUCAUGGCCCUCGACCUGGCACCCUCCGAGACUGGCAACACCUUUGUAUCUGGGAGUUGUGAUAAGAUGGUGCUGAUCUGGGACAUGCGAACUGGUCAGUGCGUGCAGAGUUUUGAAGGUCAUCUAUCUGACAUCAACAGCGUCAAGUUCCAUCCCAGCGGAGACGCAGUAGCUACAGGCUCCGACGAUUCUACCUGUCGUUUAUUUGAUCUCCGAGCUGAUAAAGAAGUUGCAGUUUACACAAAGGAAAGUAUCAUAUUUGGAGCUAACUCGGUGGACUUUUCUGUCAGUGGUCGUUUGCUGUUUGCCGGCUACAAUGACUACACAGUGAACGUCUGGGACUCACUGAAAUGUGUCCGAGUCAGUUUGUUGUACGGACACGAGAACCGAGUGUCAUGUCUGCAAGUAUCCCCAGAUGGGACAGCUCUCUCUACAGGAUCCUGGGACUACACUUUGCGGGUGUGGGCUUAAGUAUUGAAUCUCCAACGUGCUGCAUUCUAGUCACCUCCCUUCAGUGCCAUCGUAGCAAUGCAUUUAACCGAAAUACUCGUAUAUCUGUAAACAUUCUCUUAGCGUCCUAAACAGUCCAGUGGUAAAGUAUUGUUUGUUUAUUAUUAGUCGACCAGUUAGCUGUUAAAUCUCUAUUCCAUUCAUUAUAGCUGUUAAGUUUCUAGGCAUUUAUCCUUGUUGAUGUUAAAGUAAGGCGUAUGUUGACCUUAGUAUUAAGUCUAUUUAGUGUUUACUAGUCAUAAUGUUAACUGUUAAACUGUUUAGGUCUCUGUUUUUACUUUGUUGCAUUGUUGCAAUUGACUCCUUAGUAAACGUGACACAGCUAAA